AUGAGCUGGUUGUUCAACUCUUCAAAGAAUCAACUGACAAGUGUACCAAAAAGCAGUUUCUGUCAAUGAUCUCAUUAAAUUACACAAAGCAGCAGCUGAGAGACAUAUUUCCUGGCAUUAGCAUAUAUGAGAUUGACCAAGCCAGAAUACAUGCAAAGACUUGUGGAAAAGGUGUUCCACCUCCAAUUAAAGAAAAAUGUGUUCGCCAAAAAAUGAAUAAAGAUAAGCUUGAUCAUGCACUAGAUUUCUUCCUGAAUCCUUCAUUUCAUCAGGUAACUUCAGUUGGCACUAAGCAGAUGCAUUUACGAAAUGGAGAAGUCAUCACCAUCCCACAGGUUGUAAGGACAGCAUGUCACUCAACACUAGUGACAAUUUACCAAUCAUUCUGCCAAGAAACAGAUUUCUCACCUUUGUCCAGAGCCACUCUUUUCAAAAUUUUGGCUGCAUGUCCUGCAUCAAAAAGAACUAAUCUAAAAGGACUGGAUAAUGUUGCAGCAGAUAGUGCUUUGGGAUUUGAGACUCUAUUAUCAACUCUGUCAAGCAUUGAAAGAUAUGUGUCAGAUAAUGACAAGCUAAUACAAGUUAAGGAAUGCAGAGAAAACCUGUUAGCAGCAAAGCUUUACUUGAAAACAGAUUUCAAGGCUCACAUUAAGCAAAAGGAUAGAUGUGCUGAUCACUGCAUUAGUUUUGCCCUUUCUGAUCCUAUGGAUCAGAAACAUCAGCAGCUGUGCAGUGAUCACAUUCAUGACACAAGCUGUGACAGGUGUGAUUUAUUUACCAACACUGUUCUGGAGGUCAAAAGCCAGAUCCGUAAUUUAGGAGAUGAACUUCCACCAGAUUUACUAUCUGACAUAUAUGGUGACAUUGAAUCAGCCUGUGAAAGAAUAACAGAUUGGAAAAGACACAUUGUAAGAACCAUCAACCAAGACAAAGGCCGCAGUGAUCUUUUGAAGAGCCUUUCACCAGAACAAGCAGUCAUUGUCAUGGACUGGGCCAUGAAAUUCUUACCCAUGUCUUUUAGGGAAAAACAAAGUGACUGGUUUGGACAGAAAGGUGUCAACUGGCAUGUCUCUGUUUGUAUUUAUAAGUCAGAGAAUGAAGAGUUGAAGCACAGAACUUUUGCACAUUGUGUAGAAGCAACCAAACAGGACUGGUAUACUGUGUCUGCACUUUUGGAGCAUACUUUGCAGACCAUCAAGAGCCAGUUGCCAAAUAUCAAAACUGUCUUCUUACGCAGUGACAAUGCUGGCUGUUACCAUUGUGGUAACCUUUGGUUCUCCAUUCCUUUUAUUAGUGAAAGGACAGGAGUUUAUAUAAAAAGAUAUGACUUCAGCGAAGCCCAAAGCGGAAAGUCAUACUGUGAUGCCAAAAUUGCACACAUGCGAGGGAAAAUCAGACAGUGCGUUUCAAAUGGAAAAAAUGUAGUUUGUGCUUCAGAUAUGAAGUCUGCAAUAGAUGACUAUGGGGGAGUAUUUGGAUGCCAAGCAGCUCAUGUGGAAAUCACAAAUACUUUGGAUGAUCAUAGAGCAACUGGUCUUAUUAAAGGAAUCUCCAAAAUAUCCAAUAUAGAGUUUCAGGAAAAUAUGCAAAUAACUAUGUGGAAAGCAUAUGGUAUUGGCCAAGGGAGAAAUAUAUCUGUUCAGGGACAAAUGAAUAGUCAAGAUGAAAGGUCAUUGAAAGUGAUAGCUGAUUUUAAACCUCCAAUGAAGGUGGAAGGAUCCAUAAAGCAGAGUUCUGCAGGUGAUGGUUUCAGUUGUCAAGAAGGUUGUGUUCAGACCUUUACCUCAUUUAUGGAUAUGCAUAUGCAUUGUUUGAUUGGUGAUCACAACUAUGAUCUACAACAAAUGUCAACUUAUGACAAGAUUAAGCUCAGAUGGUAUGAUGCUUGUAUAAACUUGUCUGAAAUAUUGAAUUUUAAUCGAACUGAUGCUUCUCAACCAAAUAUCUCACAAGAUAUAGCCAAAGAACAACAAGGUUGGGCCUUAAAAAAAGAAAGGAAGCAUGUGAGAUUUUCAGACAAAGUUAAAUUAUAUCUAAAGUCAAUAUUUGAAGAUGGUGAAAAGAGUGGGAACAAGAUGAAUGCUGGUACUGUAGCAAGAAAUAUGAGAGUUGCGCUAGAGAAUGGUACCAAAAAGUUUUGCAACAGUGAAUACUUAAAUGCUAGUCAAAUCACAUCUUACUUUUCAUGGUUAACUGCAGAGAAAAAAAUGCCAUCAAAGUCUUCAGAGGAUAUUGACAGUGCGGUAGCUCUUAUCGAGAGGUUUGAAGCCAUAGAAGAAAUAACAGCUUUAAUCUAACAAUGAUUUUUUUAAUAGUACUGUGUAAUUUGUGUUAGUUGUGUCAUUCAUACUGAACACACUUCUUUUUUU